UUCCUGCCUCAGCUUCCCAUAUGCUGGUAUUACAGGUCUGAUUGCGGAGACACAGUCAACAGGAAAAAUGAAUGAGUCUAGGCAGCAGUCACUGUUCUUCAUCACACUUCCAGAUUUACACCAACUGUGUGCUGUCCCAAUAAUAUUAAGUAACAGGAUGGCAGAUACUGAGAUUAGGAGUACCCAAAUGAAGAUGUGCAGACAAUUGCUACUUUUGCUUGAAGAUAUCCUUGCAUCACCUGUCCCUGGAAUAUUCAACCAAAUUUGGGUGGUGAUGACGAUACCAUUUUUUAAAGCUGGGAAACUUAAUUCUUUUAUUGAAAAAUAUGAAGCUAAGAUGGAGGUUCCACAAAGAGUAAUUCCUGUAAUUCUUCAGAACUGCCUUUCGUAUUCAUUCAUGGCUAGACUUGCUCCAGCCUGGAAUAGAGUCGGCCAUCUCUUGGUACAAGGAAGAGAUUUUCUCUCUCAGAUGGGAAAGCAAAGUGCUAUUGUAUUAGACGUCAAUGUAACAGAAGCUCAAGUUUGUCUAAGUAUAGAAGUUUGCACUAUCAGACUGCCACCACCUGAGCUAAAGGAAUUUGAUAUUUCUCAGAGUACUUUAGAGAAUUUUCAUACUAAGAAGACGGCUGUCAUUGAGAGACAUUCCAUUUUGAGCAACUGGUGCUAUAUUUUGCCAAGUAUGAAAAUGGGACAAAUAAUAAAUAUUCUUCAUGCUAUCCCUGCUGACUGUCCAUUCCACUCAUUCAAAGAUUUCCAGAUGCACUGGGAUAACUUGUAUGGCUAUAAACUUCCAGAAGAUGAUAGAAAUAAUACAAUAUACUGCAACAUCUACUUCAAAAUGAUCGGAGAAAGGGCUUUCACAUAUCCUCUCAGUUGCAUUAGAAGUCAGCCCAUACAGUUCUUCCCAAGGGUAGAUUUGGAAGGUGUGUUGAAAAGUUUUCUUUCAGAUUUAAAAUCUAAACUGCCUCAUAUAUGUGGAUUUCCCAUAAAGAUGACAAAUAAGCCAUGCUACUAUACAAAGGAACUAACCAAACCUCAAAUACAGGAAAACAAAGUCAAGCCACCCAACCUGACCACUAAAAAACUGUUCAGGGCAUCUGUGACUCAAGCUAGUUCCAGAAAACCUGUUCCAGCUCCAAGCCUUCUCCCAUGUUCUGAAGUAGCAGACCACAAGGUGGAGCUUUCCAUCAGCCAGUCACAAUCGGCCAUUUUCUCAGUUCUGCCUCACCAGCCAGAGUCUAUUCUAAGUAGAAAGCAAACUCUGCCUCACAAGCUACCACAACUACAUUUGGAAGAAUCAAAACCCAGCAGAGAAAAUACUCAAGUUCCACACACAAGUCUUAGCUCUCAAAGUAAGAUCAUCCCUAAAUUCAUACCAGUUCUCAAAAAUGGAUUGUCAUCAAUGAACAAAAAUAUUUCAGUACUUCUAAACCAGAAAAGAAAACAGCAUGUCAUAAUGGAAUCAAAAUUGUCUUCACUAAUCCAGAAUGACAAACCGAAUUUAGAUUCAACUGGUAAAAAAAGACCUAAUAGUAACAUUCCUAUAAAUGCUGAACAUUUAAAUAAGAAGGGCUGUAUACCUCUGCAAGAAAAAAAUACUGAAUGCUAUGAAAAUAUAAAAUAUCCAUCUCUUAAUAUGAGCUUAAAUGAAAGUAAACAACUUUCUAACAGUAUGAUGUGUCAGGUGUCAAAUAAUAGUGGAAGUGUGAUGAAAAAUGCUGUGGACUUCCAUGGAAAAGAAAAUGUAGCAAGUAAAUGUAUAACACAGAUUUUAAAGAAAGACCAUGAGCCAGUAAAACCAAAGAGGCACCUAUACAUUUUUGAACCAGACACAGAAACUGAAGAUCCCCAACUACUACAACAGCCAGCAAAUCAAACUAAUGAAGUUGAUCUAAGUGACCACAGGUUGAUAAUAAGUAGAACAGCCCACAGGUCUAAAAGAAAAGUAUGUCCUGAGUCGUCAGAAACUUCAAAGAAGCGUUAUUCCAAUACUAUGCAUUAUGGAAAACCCAGUUCUUCUAGGAGACAGUGAUGCCCACCCUGAACACUGAUGAACACUCUUCCAGGUAUCUCUCAUGGUUACUUCUAUGACAGUGAAUCAAGCUCUACAUCCUGCUGUGGAACAUCCUUAUUCACUUGAAAUUUGUCUUUUUAAUGUUUGCAUAGUAUUCCAUUAUAUGUGGUAUACUGUAUUUAA